CUCGUUGAAAAGCACUCGGGAGCGCACAAAUGCAUCUCAUUACUUCGCGGACGGCAGAAAGUCGCGGGUAUCGGCAAUCCGUAAAGUAAAGUGUUAACACUUCAUCCAACGUCAACUUCAUCCGUCAAAAAGGAUUUUGAACAUGCGGGCCACACCGACGGAUUCGAUUCUUCUCAUCCUUCUACCCUUCGCGUUAUUCUUCGUACGAGUUAUCGGCGACAGCAAUGCGCGCACGUUCACGAAGCUUAACGGCCAGAAGUCGCAGUUCAUCUCGUUUGAUACGAAGGGCGGAAACGUCGACAUCAAUUGGGAAGUGUCGGUGCCCUUCUUCUCAAUACCGCUCAACCACGUGAGCGAGACUGGCGAAGUGUUGCCACUGCUUAAUGUUAACACGAGAGGAUUGUCCAUCGCCGGCGUGUUAACGGCUAUUGUCACUUUGGCGGUGCCUCUCAUGUCAAAGCCAGGCCCGCAGGGAACGCAAUAUCGGAGCCUCGAUUCGCAAUGGUCGCAGAUGGGAGACACGAUAAACGAGAUUGUGUUUCGCAAUCGGUACAUUACACCCUGCGUUCAACGUAUUGUUUGCGCUGUCGUUUCCGAAGCGAGUCAUUCCGACAACCCUACGAGUACCAAUAAGAUUAUCGAUGGUUUGUCAAGUCACAAGUGGUUUAAGGAAUUCACGAAUGGCACAGUCCUUCAGGAAGCUAUUAAGGUGGGUCGAGAAGGACAUCGCGAUUGUGGUCACGUCUAUAAGGAGUGCUUUAUGACGCCGAAAAUCCUUAAAAGUAUGAUGGCGCAAUUCGGUGUAAUUUGAUGUCGCGACGUUCGACGUUCCGCAAUUGUAAAUUGUAAAGAGGCAAAAUGGGCGACAUUUGCGUAUCUUACAAUAGGACAUCUUUUUGUUACUAAAGCGAACGGCGCGUUACGAACGACUCUGCGAAAAUUUUGCAGAACACUCUCUAAUCCGGCGAAUCUGUCUCACGUUCAAUUUUAAAACCAUUCGCAGUGUAACGAGCAAGUUACAUCAGGACGGUCGAUCUUCAUUAUCCUGAUGCACAAGGUGUGAAAUUUCGUCGUGCUUAAGAGAAACCACCGCGCGUAUUUAGAUAACGUACUUUCACUUUUCCUUUUACACAAAUCGUUAGAAAAUUUCUGCUAGAAAAUUACUAUUUUGAUAACCAACGCGAGUCUGGUGUCAUAUAUAAUUCAUCCGCUAAUUUCGCUUGAAAUAAGUGUCUUUAAUUUCUUGGCAAACAAUGCAAAUAAAAUUAAAGGAAUUUUUCUGCGCGUGUUUUUUUCUCUGACGUGAAAAAAUUUU